AUGAACACUGCUCGCUUCGCUUUGCGACAAUCCCGGCAAGCCGCCUUGGUGCUGCGCGGUCGGGCGGCAGCAGCCACCCCCAAUGCUGCUUGUUAUCUCAGCCGUGGCUUGGCGGUGGCAGCUCCUGCUCCAACAAUGCCAGAGCCUUGCCCCACUGAAAAUGUGAACCAUGUUCGUGAUGCCAUUAGCAAAUUGCUGGCCAAAGAUGAAGUAGAGAUGAAACCCAUCAGUCAGGAAGAGCUCCAAAUGACCUUGAAUAGGUUUGCGAGCCUCUUUGAAGAAGCACAGGCGUGCAUCAACGAUUGCAAAGAGGCAAGAGCGGGCUCUUUGGAAUAUUAUGAAGAGGCAUUUACCGCUCAAAACUCGGUUGACGUUGCAUUCAAUGCCUACAUUGACUUGCUCGAUGAUUUCAGAAGGGCCAGCGACGACCAAAUCAAGCUCUUGUGCCAAGACCGCCUUGCCCUGGCAUAUUCCCUCAAGUGCUUGCGCCAGGAAGUGCAUGAAUUGUCUCAGCUAAAGCAAGCUGCUGCGUGA